GGUGGAAGUUAGAUGUUACUCCUUUUCUAUCCCUUAUUCGCUUUGGCUCCACUGUUUGCAAUUCGCUUUCUGUGUCUAGUUGCUAAUGCAAAAACGAUGUUCUCUUGAUCGUACUAUAAUGGCUGUACCAUAUGGUUCACUUGGAUCUUUUUUUAUAAUGCAUUCUCCCACUUGUGUAGCCCUUUAUCCAUGGACAGUCAUUGACGUGUCGCCACUAAAACUUCUAGGUUCAACCACGUAAAUGAAAACCAUGUACAUAUGGAGAGUAACUUCGGUGUUUGCGUGGAAUGCGGGUCUUUUGUCGAGUGCAAACAUGAUCGUGAUGGAGAGGACGGGCUGGCUGCCCGCGUACCACACUCUGCAACAAGCAUGCCCCCGCAAGGCGAUGAAAUCGACUAUCUCGAGAUGUGCACAAUUCGAUCGGUUCCCCCUCACAGCGAAGUGUUCAACACGUACGGCUCGUUAUCGAACGCGACCCUUCUCACUCGCUACGGUUUCAUGUUGCCAGAAAAUGAGUUUGAUGCCGUCAAGUUGGUAUUUGAACCACUGUCGCUCUCGGUAAACGCGUUGUUGCGUGUGAAGGAGUUUGGGUCAACAACUACCCUCACCAACGAGGGUCAUGCUGCCGUGGGACCCAGGAUCACCGCCGGAAGCCAUUUUGCCAGGAACGCGGCGGAUCGCAUCAAUUUUAUCGGUGGCGUGCACGAUGACAGUCUUAACGACAUGGAGCCAGGCACGACGGGUGUUGAUCACGACAUCACUAAUGGUGACCAUCGCUCCUCGAUGCCCGACCCUUUCAGUAGCGAUGAGGCACUGGAAGGUCACUCGGCACCCGAAGGGUUCGUGAAGAAGCGUGAAGAGGGUCACGACAUUGUUGAACGGUUUAUCCGCUUAUUUUCUUGCCUCGCACGUGUUUGGCGUACGGACGCCGCUUGGGACGAACGCGAUGACGGAUUCGUCUGCAACCCAGGUACAACGCGGCAGGUUACAUUCGGGAUUUCUGAUGGCGGCGGAGAGCUCCAUUUAGCUCACGAUCUUCUCGUGAACGCGGAUGGAAAACUGUCACACCUCCUUUGGUUGUUCUGCACCCUGGUUGCCAUCUUCUCUAGCCUGUCUGCCCUCGAUGCUGGCUUCCUAAACCUCCUGGAAAAAGUCGAGGCCGGAAAAUGUGAAGAUUUGUGCGCACUCGAUGACUUGAAACGAAGGCUAGUCCGAGUGCAGAGAUACACCGAGUACCUUUGCCGCAAGCUUGAAGGAGAUUUAGAUGAGGAAGAGCAAGUGGGAGAUAACGGCGACUCCUCGCCGACUGGUUCUUACUUCUUUCGUGCAGACCCAUUAGGUGACAAGCCUAGUCAUGAUGCCCACGAUGCCGACAGUACGAGGCUAUCAAUGGAUGUUAGUCGUUACGUUCAAGCAAAGAACGAAGACGAACCAAAGCCCUGCUUACGUAAAAAGAUCCCUCCGAUGCACCUAUUCGGCGAGGCAGCCCGCCGCUCAAACGAUUUAUCAAUAACAUCAUCACUGCCCGCUGCCGCUAUCACAGACGCAGGCUGGGGCAUGCGAACAAGCUCGGCAUCCUCAGUAUUGGUCUUCUCAUGUGGAAAAUCUGUGAGAGGCACAGACCUCCAACCUGACCCGUCGGAAGGGAGUACCGCGACAAGGGCGCAGAACCCAGUGCCCAGGUUCCGCGGGGAUGAAAGGUCAAGUAAACGCCCUCAGGGACUGAACGACCUUCUUAGUGCAUACGCCGACUCGUCUGAUGCAGAAGAUGACCCUGACCAUCCAGGGAACUGUUAUGCCUCAAUGGAAACCGCUGACACGUUGGUAGACUCUGAGGAUUCUCCAGCUCUCCGGAUACCCAGGGACGAGAGCACCUCAAUGAACUUGGGAAAAUGUGAGGCGGCCGAAGAUCAUCGCAUGGCACUCAGCCUCGCACACGUGGUGGUCCAUCUAUGCCAUAGGCGAUAUAAUCCUCCAAUGGUAAAGAGGGGACAGCGCGGCGUUGGAGCCAGCGCUGCAGAACUCGGGGAUAUCCUUGAUGAUACACCAACGUGGAUGUGGCGCACGCGAAGCGCGCUUCUUCUUGCCAUGACGGAGCGGUCCGUGUUGGAAAGUUGCGCAGCUCGUUGGAGUGUUGUUCUCGGAGAAGAAGUGGAAGAGCGUAUAUAACGGAUCGACUCCGAGUCUGGGCUCAUCAUAUGGCCCAACUAUCUGGUCACUGACGUGAUGAAACGACCCGGAGUGCUGUAUGACCGGAGAAGUUUCUGUUGGCAAGGAAGGGAACGUGGCGAUUAUGAUUUGGAAGAACGAUUAGGGUACGCAGGAAUCCGUGUGUGCAUCGGCCCAUCAUAAUACCGCAUCUCCACGCUGCAUGGGGUCAGAUACACGUGGCCAGGAGGUCGGUGUUCUGAAAGGUAAUCGGAUCAUCGCACCAUGGAUAUCGCAAUACUUGUGUGGUACUCAUUUCUGUGUACAAUCCUGAGGCCUGAAGUAACGGCUUGAUAGCUGGGUCAUCCAUAUAGCGAAUGUAGUGAGC